AGAAAAAGGUAAAGCGUUUUUAAAUUGUUUUUACAAUCAUAGAACAGAUUUUAAAAAUAUGAUCCUCCAGGGUAUUGAAAGUACUCUUGGCGAAAAACCUGUUCUUUUUAGCAAAGAAGGGGACGUAUUGGAGGUUUUAGAGUUCUAUCAGAUUUUUCAAAGCGCUGAUGAACAGAACAAAUUUUAUAAGUACCCCCCUAGGGUCUUAUUUCACAUUGAAUAAUACGCUAAUCACGUACGAAGACAUUCUUUGGAAAGUGUUCGAGUUUUCGCCAUUUCAAGUUCGAGCCGAGGCCUACUGCAAACCGCCUUGCCAAGACAACCACUAUAAACUGUUCCACAACGACAUGUGCUGCUGGACAUGUAAACGGUGUAAGCACAAUGAAAUCGCCUCAAAAAAUCGAACAAUGUGUAGCGUCUGUCCACACCUGUCAUGGCCGCAAGAGGAGCCCGAGACAAACAGCAUGACUUGCGUGGAGAUCGUAGCACAAGAACUUGACCUGUCUUCGUCCAUCAUCAUCUGCUUCCUCUUCCUGGCUGCCGUGUGUAUGCUGGCCACCUGCCUGUUGGGCAUCAAGUUUUGUUUCCACAAGAACCAGAUCGAGGUUAUUCAAGACACGGAAAAUAUUUUAAUCUUUGGAUGCAUCACCUCCAUGCUGGGCUAUUUAACCGUUCCAAUUUAUGUUUUUAAGUCGACGGACAUCGCAUGUAACGUGGCUACCGUUAAUUUUAUUGCCAAUUUCACAAGCAUGUACACAGCUAUACAUUUCUACUCCCUUGCUAUACUGAAGAAAGACAUACACAUACGUCCCAGAAGCUCCAAGCUUACCAAACUACCUUGGCCACUCGUUACUGCUGGCUUCUUUUUGAUUUUGAAUGGAUCCUAUGUGAUCAUUGUACACACCCGCCCCAUCCAAGCGCUGAAGCACCAGCCGGUUCUGGGGGAGAGCCUUGUGGAGCUGACGUGUGACAUCUACGAAGUCUUCUUCGUCCCCUUCUACCUGUUCACGCUGGCCAUUCUAACGCCAGCAUACCACUGCGCCUACCUCUCCUGCUCCCACGUAGACACCACGUUUCAGAGUCGGACAAUCCGGAACUUCAUUACAUGGACGUGUAUUGUGUGGACCGCCUUUCUGCCUGCCUACCAUUUAACCAUGUCACGAAUCAUCAAGAUGCACUACCUCCUCGGCGCUAUCAUAGGGAACAAUAUUAUGAUGUUUUACACGCUGGUGAACGUUCUAUACGGGCAAAAAAUAUGGAAUGCAAUCAGCGGCCCGCAGCGGUUUUCUCUAAGCAGAUCUUCUCACCUAUUAAUUGAAUUCUCGUCGAUAAAAGAAGCAGGUCAGAGGAACGAUGAACGCAAAGAUACCAGCACGAUAGAAACAUCUGAGUCAAUACUGUCUCAGAGUUCUGCGCUACAAGAAGGCGAAAUAAAGCAUGAGUCAAUACAAAGUUUGAGGCCAGAACCACAAGAAAUCGAUGAAAAUCUUGUGGACAGCGAAAGUUUAAAUUCUGUAUUACAGUUCACAAAAAUUAAAGUUGGGUCGCGCCAAAGUUUAAAUUCUGUGACACAACAUGCACAAGUUAAAGUUGGGUCACGCCAAAGUUUUUUGACACAAGAGACAAAUAAUAUGCUUGGGUCACAGGAAAGUUCAAAGCCUGGGUCACAGGAAAGUUCAAAGCCUGGGUCAAAGGAAAGUUCAAAGCCUGGGUCAAAGGAAAGUUCAAAGCCUGGGUCACAGGAAAGUUCAAAGCCUGGGUCAAAGGAAAGUUCAAAGCCUGGGUCACAGGAAAGUUCAAAGCCUGGGUCAAAGGAAAGUUCAAAGCCUGGGUCACAGGAAAGUUCAAAGCCUGGGUCAAAGGAAAGUUCAAAGCCUGGGUCACAGGAAAGUUCAAAGCCUGGGUCAAAGGAAAGUUCAAAGCCUGGGUCAAAGGAAAGUUCGAAUCCUGGGUCACAGGAAAGUUCAAAGCCUGGGUCAAAGGAAAGUUCAAAGCCUGGGUUACGGGAAAGUUCAAAGCCUGGGUCACAGGAAAGUUCACAGCCUGGGUCAAAGGAAAGUUCAAAGCCUGGGUCACAGGAAAGUUCAAAGCCUAGCACACAGGAAACAAAAAAUAGCAUUGGAUGA